UAGCCCAGCCCUCCCUGACUCUUCCCGGCCACUCCAUCAAACUCUUCCAUCCGUCAAGAUGCAGUUCCGCAACGCCCUCCUCGGUGGCGUCCUCGCCUCGUCGGCCUCGGCCAUCGACAUCCGCUUCCACAACGGCGGCAGCUGCGCGGGCGCCGCCCAGAACUACGCCAACGUCAACCCCAAUAUCUGCUGCCUCGGCGACUCGGCCUCGGUCGCGAUCGCAGCCAUCCCCACAAACUGGGCCAUCAAUGUCCAGGGCUACUCGGGUGGCGGCUGCGGCUCGCCCAAGUGGUCGGGCGAGGCGCGCAACACAAACUUUUACUGCAUGUCCGCUAACAGCAGGCCCAACUACUCGGGCGCCUUCUACUACUUCCCCGGCCGCAAGCGGGGCGACGAGGUUGCCGACAGCCAGUGCAAGGGCCAGCUAGGCAAGCCCGACGGCAUCCUGCUCGCGGACGGCGUGACCGAGUACAAUGUCACUUCGCUGCCAGAGGCCGAGGUUGAGAGCCUGUGGGCUCUUGCAUCCAGCGGAGUCGGUCCUGAGGGCAUGCCCGCUUACCUCGAGGCUCACCGCCGCAAGUAG